CACCUCGUGAGUAGGAGAAGGAGAGCUAGGACAACUUCUUUAGGUCAGGUGGGAAAACAGACCCAUCGCUUGCCAAAUCUUCUUUUACAAUCCUUGAUUUGGGCUAUAAAGAGUUCUUCCCCCAUCCUCAAGAAUCUAGUUUUGAGAUCUCUCGAUUGAGUCGAAUUUUUAUUUUUGGUGUGAAGGAAUUCAUUGUGAUCUUGGGCACAAGACCUCACCGGCAGUGAAGAUAAGGUUUCUAAUCCUUCCUCCUUUUUAGUCUUUGGGCCAUCGCCACUGCUUGGAUUCGGUUCGCCAGGUUGUCAGAUAGGGAUGAAUAGUGUCUCUCUUAUUUUGGAUUUUUGUUUUCUUGAUUUGCCGACAAUUCCUGCUGCCGUCGGGGUCGUCACUUUGCCAUCAACAGGCACCGCUGUAGAUCGCUGGCACUGAGCCUUUCUGCUGCCAUAGAGAGAGGGAAAAAGAGAAAGAUCUCCUAUUUUGAAGACGAAGAAGUGAGAGAGUUGUUCUUUCCGCUCUCUCUCCUCUCACUACCUUUCCCUCUCUUCUUUUUUCUCCCUAGAUGGAUCGUAGGAUCUAUGGAAGAGCGAUUCGGGAGACUUGAUGGACAAUCUUCUGGACAGAAGAAUAUCAAGUAGGUUUCUUGACAGAAGAAUAUGGACAGAAGAACAGAAGAAUAUCAAGUAGGUUUCUUGACACCCCGACAUCAUAAAGAUAUAGAUUGAUUCUUAGUGUGUUAAAGUUCAUCUUUAGUAGGUAUGAGUCCUUGAAUACGGAUACCUAUGUGUAUGUUUAUUUAUGCACUGCAUGGUUUUUCUUUUUUGUGACUCAUUUUGAUGGAUAUGCGAUGAUUGGUAUGGUUAUUUAUAUUUUUCAUAUCAUAUACUUGUAUUAAAUAUGGAUGAUAUUUUGGAUAGUUUGGAUUAUGAUAUCGAUUAUUGAAAAUCUUGAAAAAAAUAUAAUAUUAUAUAGUAUUUUUCUGGCAUAUAUAAUUGAGAUAUAAUAAGUUGAUAAUCAAGAAAAGAAUAUUUGAAUUAGCCACGUUAAAUUGUGAAUAGCUUUAUUAUGGGUAGGAACAUGAUACUAUGGAUAUCCUAUCAUAGGUUAGAACAUAGCAAUAUGGAUAGCCCACCAUAGGCAGGAAUAUGGCACUGUAGAUAGCCCCAUAUGGAUAGAAAUUUGAUACUUGAGUUUGUUGAUCAUGGAAUGAAAUGUGACCGUGAUUAGUUCAAAAUCCUAAAGAUGAUUAAUCUGGAUCAUAUUAAUGAGACAUGGAUGAUGAGAUAUAUGAAACCACUAUUAAGUAAAAUGAUCUUUUUAACAAAAUAUGUGAUAUAUCACUUUUGAAUAAGAUGGAUAUUUGAUUAUAAAUUAUAUAUAUUUUUGUAUAUAUUGGCAUUGAGCUGUAUUGGAUAUUGAUGUGAGAUUUCAUGAUUCAUGUUUUCAUUCCGAUAUUGUUGAUUUGCUAUUCUAUAAUCUUAUUAUUAUAUUGGUGUUAGUGUUUGGAGAUUAUUAGUGAUGCUCGGGUUAUCUACUGUGCACCUCAUGGUGCGGUGCACAAUGUACCGUCUAUCAUGCGACGGACGAUCGCAUGUGAAUGCAUGUCCGUUGCAUGUGGCACAACAGAGGAUCCGUGCGGUUCUUAUUGAGCUGUAAACUCACGUCCCUUCUUUUCUUUUCUUUUUUUUCAGGGAUGCAAAAUGUUUAGUCUCGUUUGGAUGGGAUGUAGAGUCCAGUUGUCAUGGAGUGUCAGGCCUUACAUAUUUUUUAGGAUCUUAUCUUGAGAAAUGCACAGUUAUGUCGCAUAGUCAAGCCAGCUGUUAGGUUUGGGGUGUGCCAUUUAAUUUGUUAGUUAGACGUUACUGGUUCUUGUUUUUCCUCAAAAUUACUUGCAAUCAGUCCAUAAAAGAAUUUACAGAGCACAAGAUAUUAGCAACUCCUUUCAAUCCUUUCUUGGUCAUUUUCUCUAAUGGCUUCAGCAAGAUCCUACAUCCUGUUCCUCUCAAUCUUCUCAUUAGCGUUUGCGCUUGGAGAAGCUCAACAAACGAAUUCCAACAUAAGCUUGGAGGCCACACUCCAUCCCUCCACCAACCCUACAUCAUGGCUCUCACCAAAUGGACAUUUUGCCUUCGGAUUCUAUCCCGAAGGUACCGGCUUCGCCAUUGGAACAUGGCUCGUGGCAUCUCCUGAUAACACCACUGUUAUAUGGACAGCAGACCGAGAUGACCCACCGGUGACCAAAGAUGCUGUAUUGAACCUGACUAGUGAAGGGCUCAAGCUCCUCCUACAGCACUCUGAAGGGCGACUCAUCUCCCAGCUUCCCCCUAACACUGUUGCUUCCUCUGCUUCCAUGCUCGAUUCCGGGAACUUCGUCAUCUAUGACUCUAACUUUAAAGUCAUAUGGGAAACCUUUGUCAAUCCAACUGACACAAUCAUGGCAGGUCAGGUGCUGCGCAAUGGAUACAAUCUCGUUUCCAGCGCAUCAGAAACCGACCACUCGAGUGGGAAGUUUCAGCUCAGCAUGCAGCCUGAUGGGAACCUUGUUCAGUAUCCUGUGGCAUCAGCACACUAUCCACAGGAUGCUAACUAUGCCUCCGGAACAGAGGGAGAUGGCUAUCUUAGCUUAUAUCUCGAUGAUAAUGGUUGGCUCUACCUGCACCAGGGCAAUGUCACAUCCAAUCUAACGAGCGGCUACCGGCACGGGACAGCACUAGUGUACCGUGCAACGCUUGGUGUGGAUGGGAUCUUUCGGUUAUAUUCUCACGAUCUCGAGUUAAACACAGAACAGGUAUUGAAGGAAUUCGCAGAAGUAACAGAUCCGUGUGAGGUCCAGGGAACCUGUGGCCUGAACAGCUACUGCACUUCCGCAAAUGGACAAGCAGUGGUAUGCAUGUGUCUGCCUGGUUUCGAUUAUCUUGAUACUAACAGGACAUCGAGCGGAUGCAGAAGAAACAUCACGACCGCUGCAGGAUGCUACUUGAGCAAUGAUAACAUGACAUACAUGUCCACUCUGGAGAGUGUAAUUUGGAUGGUCGAUCCCUACGGUGAACCCUUGUCUGUGACAAGCAAGGAAGAUUGCGGAGAAGCAUGUUUGAAAGAUUGCAAUUGUGAUGCCGCUCUGUUUUCCGACAAUACGUGCUUGAAACUGGUGUUUCCAUUGAGAUAUGGGAAAACAGAUGACUCCACCACGACAUUCAUCAAGCUGUCUAACAGAAGCGCUGGAGGAAGGCCUGAAAUUAAUAGCCGUCCAGAAAGCCCUUCUGCAGCUCCCAUUAUUACUGAUAAUUUCUCUUCUCUUAUUAUUUCAUUCUCCUCCAAUAAAAAUAAAUAGAUUAUAAUUGUAAUAUAGACCAAUUCAAAUUACAUACUAUUGUAGUAUAGGCCAGCUAUGACAAAAAUUCAAAAUACAUGCUAUUGUAGUGUAGCCAGUUAUAAUAAGAUUUCAAAUUUCAUGCUAAGGAAGCCAGCUAUUAUAGGAGAAGCAUUUCAAAUUUCUUAUUAAAUA